AUGGAAAUAACCAAGACAAAAGAAGGCUCUGUGGGUUUACGCUAUCCAAUGCUAACGAAAAGUAACUAUACAACAUGGUCCCUGAAAAUGAAGGUUUUCAUGAAGGCGCAAGGUGUUUGGGCUGCGAUCGAAGGAGACCCAAAGACUGUUGUUGAUGAGAGGACGGUACAGAUAGCUCUUGCAGCUAUAUACCAAGGCGUGCCAGAAGACGUACUGCUGACUAUUGCUGAGAAAGAAACCGCAAAGGAAGCUUGGGAAGCCAUUAAAACGAUGAGUGUAGGAGCUGAGCGAGUGAAGGAGGCUAAGGUACAAACGUUAAAGGGAGAGUUUGAGUCUCUUACCAUGAAGGAGACAGAUAACAUCGAUGAUUUCUGUAUGAAGCUGAGCGGGAUAGCGACCAACAUACGGGUUCUUGGAGAAGUGAUGGAGGAGUCAAGCGUUGUGAGGAAGAUCCUACGUGCAGUCCCCGAUAAAUUUCUCCAGAUAGCUUCAAAUAUCGAACAGUUCGGAGACAUGAAAACUAUGACGGUUGAAGACUUAGUGGGUCGUCUUAAAGCUCACGAGGAGAAAAUAAAGGGCAGGUGUGAGAGCGCAGACAAACAACAACUUCUCUUGGCAUCUCAGAAUCAAAGACCUAGAGCUGGUUAUUUCCGUGAUAAGAGUAAGAUCAGGUGCUACAACUGUAACACCUUGGGUCACUAUGCAUCAGAAUGUAGCAAAUCACGACGGGAAAGAGAGAAGAGGCAGGAAGUAAACAUGGCAGUCGUCGAGGAUGAUGAACCAGCUUUGUUAUAG